UACACAAAACCCUUUACUUCUCCAAGUAGGAUCAAGAGUUUUUAUAUACUUUUGCCUUAAAUCUCUACAAACUUUUUGAUUCGUAUACCUAUUUAAGAAAUUAAACGACGCAAUCAAGAAGCUGUUGGAUCAUAUAUAUAUACACCAUAUAAAAGAGCAAUGGAGAUGGUAACGAAGAUGGUGAUGGAGAGACCGGUGGUGAUAUACAGCAAGAGCUUGUGUUGUAUGUCUCACACGAUCAAAACUUUGCUCUGCGAUUUCGGAGCGAAUCCAGCGGUUUAUGAGCUGGAUGAGAUAUCUAGAGGGAGGGAGAUUGAGCAGGCGUUGUUGAGGAUAGGUUGUAGCCCGGCAGUGCCGGCGGUUUUCAUCGGAGGAGAGUUGGUCGGUGGAGCCAACGAGGUCAUGAGUCUACAUCUUAAUGGAUCCUUGAUUCCUAUGCUUAAGCGUGCUGGUGCAUUGUGGGUUUGACUCACAAUAUACAUAAAUAAUUAACUAGUUUACUUAACACUAAGUUAAGGACGCAGAAUAAUGUUUUAACGCAUCUUUGAUCUAUGGCUUGGUGGUAUGAUGAAUCCACGCCGGAUUAAUGAUUAGUGUUUUUUUUUUCAUUUUUCUUUUUUGAGGUUAUCUUUUAAUAAACUGUAUCGACUUAUAUGAACUUUUAUGAAAAACUAAUAAUAAUAA